CAACCGUCACGUGCUGAGGCGCGGCGUCCAGCCCGUAGCUGAUGCUGCCGCGCGGUAUUCGUCAUGGAGCUGGCGCCGCGGAGUUGUCUUAUGCCGGUGCUGCUGCUGCUCCUGGGCCUGAGCACGGGAGCUGUCAUCAGCUGGCCCACAGAAGAGGGCAAGGAAGUAUGGGAUUAUGUGACUGUCCGGAAGGAUGCCCACAUGUUCUGGUGGCUCUAUUAUGCCACCAGCCCCAGCAAGAACUUCUCAGAACUGCCCCUGGUCAUGUGGCUUCAGGGUGGUCCAGGUGGUUCCAGCACUGGAUUUGGGAACUUUGAGGAAAUCGGGCCCCUUGACAGAGAUCUCAAACCACGAAGAACUACUUGGCUCCAGUCGGCCAGUCUCCUGUUUGUGGAUAACCCAGUGGGCACUGGGUUCAGUUAUGUGAACAAGAGUGACGCAUACACCAAAGACCUGGCCAUGGUGGCAUCAGACAUGAUGGUUCUCCUGAAGACUUUCUUUGAAUGCCACAAAGAAUUCCAGACGAUUCCAUUCUACAUUUUCUCAGAGUCCUAUGGAGGAAAAAUGGCUGCUGGCAUUGCUCUAGAACUUUAUAAGGCCACUCAGCAAGGGACCAUCCAGUGCAACUUUGCCGGGGUUGCUUUGGGCGAUUCCUGGAUCUCCCCCAUCGAUUCAGUGCUCUCCUGGGGACCUUACUUGUACAGCAUGUCUCUUCUCGACGACCAAGGUCUGGCAGAGGUGUCUCGGGUUGCAGAACAAGUCCUGGAUGCCAUAAAUAAGAGACUCUACAAAGAGGCCACUGAGCUGUGGGGGAAAGCAGAAAUGGUCAUUGAACAGAACACAGACGGGGUGAACUUCUAUAACAUCUUAACUAAGACGUCUCCCACGUCUACCAUGAAAUCGAGUCUAGAAUUCACCCAGAGCCACAUAGUUCACCUUUUCCAGCGCCACGUGAGACACUUACAGCAGGAUGCCUUAAGUCAGCUCAUGAAUGGUCCCAUCAGAAAGAAACUCAAAAUUAUUCCUGAAGAUUGCUCCUGGGGAGGUUCCAAGCUGCUACCUCUUUCUCCUUCCCCUUGUACAGGCCAGGCUGCCAGCGUCUUCCUGAACAUGAAGGGGGACUUCAUGAAACCCGUCAUCAGCAUUGUGGACGAGCUGCUGGAAGCCGGGGUCAACGUGACCGUGUAUAAUGGACAGCUUGACCUCAUCGUGGACACCAUGGGUCAGGAGGCCUGGGUGCGAAAACUGAAGUGGGCAGAACUGCCCAAAUUCAGUCAGCUGAAGUGGAAGCCCCUGCACAGUGACCCUGAGACUUCAGAAACGUCUGCCUUUGUCAAGUCCCACAAGAACCUGGCUUUCUACUGGAUUCUCAGAGCUGGACACAUGAUGGCAGUUUCCUGGAGGAGACCUGUGGGAGAGAUGGGAAGGCUUGGCGCCAUAGCGCUAAGACAGAAUCUCCACAGAGACGGGGCUGAGGGACAGCUGUCUGGCUGGAAAGGAGGGCCUAAGGAACUGGCCUUAAAGCUUCAUGUGCACAGUGAGCACAUCAUAGAGCAUUCACUUGGACCGCCAAGGAAAUGCUGAGGGACUUGAGGGUUACCAGCAGUGGUUCUCAACUGGGGUCAGUUUUGCCCCAAGGGGUCUUCAGGGAUGUCUGGAGACAUUUGGGGUUGUCACAGCUUGGGGCAGGUUGCUACUGGUAUGUGGUGGGCAGAGGCCAUGGAUCCUGGUAAACAUCCUGCUGCACACAGGCCAGCCCCCCGCCACAGAGAAUUGUGUUGCGCAAAACGUUAGUCGUGUCCAGGUUGAGAAACCCUGACCUAGAGGAAAGUGGGAGCCUGGGUGUAUGGUAUACUUGUUCUCACAAUAUUUAUUAGGUAUCUUGGCCAUGAAUAACUUAUCCUCAACCUCUCUGACCCUUAGUCUUCUAUUUUUUUAUAUAUAUAAAUUUAUUUAUUUUAUUUA